GACAGGCAGGUAUAAAGGGUCGCACACAGGGCAGGUGAAGGUAGCUGGCUUCCUGUGAUUGGAUUUAGUACUGCUGGUAGCAAUGCCUCCCAAGAAAGUGGUUCCGGUUACUGCUGCUGAGGCUGUUGUUGAGAAAGAAGUGCAGAUGCCACAGACCGCAGAGAACAGUAAAGAAGAACCAAAAACCAUGAAGCUGGUAAAGAGCUUGACCCAUCCUCCUACACUGUCCAUGGUGAUUGAGGUCCUGAAGAAGAGUACAGAGAAGAAGGGGACAUCAGUGCAGGCCAUACGAGCUCAGAUCCUUGCUGCACAUCCCACUGUAGACCCUCUGAGGCUGAAGAACCUACUGAAGUCUGCUUUGAAGAAGGGAAUUGAGAAGGGAGUUAUCAUCCGGCCAGCGAAGUCCAGUGCCUCUGGAGCCACAGGUCGCUUCUUGCUGGCAAAACCAGGAUCUAAACCGAAGCAGCAGAGUAAUGGUGAAAUGCCUGAGAAUGUGGACCCCAACGCAGAGCCAAAGAAAACCAAGAAGUUGCCAAAGGCAAAGGUGGCAAAACAGGAGGCAACCAAAGUAGGUGAGAAAGCAGAGAAGAAAGUCAAGGCUGAUGGGAAGACGGAAAAGCCUGAGGAGAAGCCGAAGGCUGCUGCUAACAAAACCAAGAAAGAUCCCAAGGUGAAACCAGACGAGGCUCCAGCAGCCAAAAGACCAAAGGCCAAAGCUGCUGCAGCUGAAGAGGGCAAAAAGGCUAAAAAGGAGCCAGCAACAAAAGAGAAGGCCAAACCUGCAAAAGCAAAGAAGAAUCCUGAGGAGACCCCUGCCGCUAAAAAAUAACAAAGUCAAAGUGACUGGGUUUUAAUGUUUGUAAACGUGACUAACUUAUUUCUUGAAAUAAAGGGUUUAUUAAAUAUCA